AUGAAUUUUCCACUCUGCCUCCUCACCUUCGCGCACCUGCUGUGCGCACAAUGCGCACAUGAGGAGGAGGAGGAGGAGGAAGAGGGGGCCCGCAGGACGUGUCGGCUCUACUGCCGCGUGGGCAUCGGCUUCCACCUCCAGAUCCACCGCGACGGCGCGGUCAACGGCAGCCAUCAGCCCGACCACCGCAGUGUCCUGGAGCUGUUUGCCGUGUCCCAGGGGGUGGUGGGCAUCCGGGGGGUGUACAGUCACAGAUUCCUGGCCAUGAACAAGAGAGGACGGCUACACGCCACCGAGUGGUUUACGGACGACUGCAAGUUCCGCGAGCGCUUCCAGGAGAGCGGCUACAACACCUACGCCUCGGUGGUCCACGGCAGCACCCGGACCGGCCGGGGCUGGUUGGUGGCGCUCAACAAACGAGGGAAAGCCAAACUGGGCUCCAGUCCCAGGGUCAAGCCCCGGCACGUCUCCACCCACUUCCUGCCCAGGGUCGGCCUGCGCGAGCAGCGUGGCUUCACCAUCGCCCGCGGCAACAGACCCAUGGUCCAGCAGGCGCCCAGACCAGUCAAGUACUGGCCCAAGUAUCGCUUUGGAUAAAUUCUCUACAACGUCCCACUUUUCAAGGAAAUGUUUUUUUUUUGGUGUGAUGUUGCUGCAACCUUGGGGGUCUUUCGGGUGGUGGGUCUCUCCUGGAUGCUAACCCAGCUAGCAGACGCUAACUCCAAGUUAGCUAUUCAGUCCCGAGAAGCUUCCUUUGGGUUUUUAGUGCCAAACUUUGGAUUUUGACGCUGGAUUUGUGCAGCUGGAUUUUGGCGUUUGAUUUUUGUGAACUGAAUCCUUUUGACAUGAAAUGUUGCCAACAAGGUCAUGGAAAGACAAUUUGUUGGCCAAAAGUGUUCUUCAAAUGGAGUGCAUGAAAACUAAAGCCU